CGCAUUUCGUCAUUUCUCACAGCCACCGUUCAUCUCUCUCUCUCUCCCCUCCGCUGCAUACCAAGAUCGCCAUGGUGAUCCCUCUAGGCCCGGGCAAGUUCUACGGCAGCAGCCUCCCCCGGCCGCGCUUCCUCAAGGACGACGCUGACCGGGUCAGCCCGCCGGUCCCUGUCCUCGACCCGCUCCUCUCGUGGGCCGACGAGGCUCACUGGUCGAUGGGCGGCCUCAGCUUCCAGCGCCUCCGCCUCCAGGGCCGCAUCGAGGGCAGCGUCAAGAAGCUCCGAGCUGAGCGGGAGAAGUCGAUCCGAGUCAAGGGCAAGAUCUCCAAAACCAAACGGACGGCUUCAGAUCUCAAAGCCUCGAAACCACAGAUUGAUGAUGAUAGCAGAAAAAGGGCCGGUUCUGUCUCCCCCCCUCCGGCGCCUGUGGCGAGGAAGAGGAAGAGGUACAUGGCUUUGGUUGACGAUAGCGAAGAAGAUGAGGGGGAGGGGAAGGAGAAGGAGAGUGAAGUUCGUGUGGAGAAGAAAAGGCCUGCGAGGAAGCUCUACGAGGAGUUCGAUCAAGUGGCCAAGGAGAGCGAGAAGGCUAAGAGUAAGGGCUCCGACGCUGCGUUGCCGAGGAUGCGGGUGAAGAAAGGCGGAGAUGGCAUCGGAGAUGAGGUGAUGAAGGUGGUUGAGGACUUGAAUAGAGAGGUCGUGGAGGAGGGCCUUGGCAAGAAAAAAUUGCAGAAGAAGAGCGGCGGUGGCGAGGGCGCGAAAAGGGUUUCUCCGAGAUCGGCGAAGGGCGGAGAGACAAGUCCCAGUGGUGCCACUGCGAUAAGAACUUCUCCGAGAUUGGCCAAACGUGGAUAGAUUAUGUGGAUUUGUGCCUGUGUGAUCUGAUCAGCCUUUGCUCCUGUUUGAGCACGGUGUUUUAGGAUGUUUCUUAUGUUUCUUCUUAUCC